AUGGCGUUGAAGCUAGAGACGGUCAAUAUUCCCCACCUGCCAGGUUCGCUGCCAGUCCAUGUUGCGCUGUAUCGCAAUGUCCAGAACUCGGCCUUUCUGCGGCAGCAGCUGCUAGCCGGCAAUGCAGAGUUUGAAUAUGCGUUGAUCGAUGCAAGCUUGGUGCUUUCCAGAGCGCACGCAUUAGCAGCCAUCUUUCGUGCAAUGAAUGACUACAUGAAUAAUCGACUCAGAUCCCACAAUGUGCACUCGGAGAUUGUGUUCUCCUUCAACCCGACCAACAAUAUUGCUGAGUCCUUCCGCAAGCUCGGCAUUGCCGACUCCACCAAGGACUUGUUGAUUGUUAAAGUCUCCGUGACCCCGGAGAUAACACAUGACUCCGUUGCCGCACAUCUAGAAAGUUCCGUCGAAGGAACAUCCGUACCUUUCGACGACCUGACAUUGUCUGAGAUCUCCGACAUCAGCAAGAUUAAAAAGCUUUACAAGCUCGGUGCCUUGCCUUCUCCAGCGGCCAAGCCAGAUGCUAGUCAACCUGACGACGCCAAAAGACGAUUGGAGCUUUCAAUGCUGGGAGCCAUUGCUCUCCGGGGAUCAUGA